UGUUAAUCCUUCUCAAUAGCCUCCCUUUUGGACGUUUCGAAUUGCAGCGCAACAGAGGACGUUUCUGUCAAAAACGUCUCCUUGCGUCAAUCGUAGACAUAGAGCCUCCAUUGGCUGCAUCAUGACGGAGCACGGCGGAACAUGAGUACACAACAACUUUCAAACGGAUGCAGUAAUGGUGCCAUCAUGAUCUUGACCAGACUUCACUUCCUGGCAAGAACCUGAGAAGAAGCCGAUAACGUCCGAGAAGAAGAGGAAGGUGUUACCAACUGAUGGCUGUAUUUAUCGAAGGAAAAACGAACAUUGCCUGACACCUGCUGACGUUUGAGGGAGAUGUUGACCGCGUCUUGACAGUGACAUUGGGAGCAACAAGCGAGCACCACAGAGAGCUGACCCGCCAUGGCUGCCAGGCACCAGAAACAAGCAGACACCUUAGACGGUGCCAUGGAGUCCAAAAGGACAGACCUACGAGCCAAGGAGAAAAAGUGCUCUUGGGCCUCCUACAUGACCAAUUCGCCAACUGUGAUUGUGAUGAUUGGGUUGCCUGCUCGAGGGAAAACCUACAUGUCCAAGAAGCUGACACGCUACCUCAACUGGAUUGGUGUACCGACUAAGGUAUUCAACCUCGGAGUUUAUAGGAGAGAAGCUGUGAAGUCGUACAAGUCGUAUGACUUUUUCAGACAUGACAACGAAGAAGCCAUGGAAAUUAGAAAACAGUGCGCUUUAGUGGCACUGCAGGAUGUUAAGGCCUAUCUGAGCGAGGAAGGAGGGCAGAUUGCUGUUUUUGAUGCAACCAACACCACUAGAGAGAGGCGGGAGCUUAUCCUGAAUUUUGCAAAGAAUCAGGCAUACAAGGUGUUCUUUGUCGAAUCAAUAUGUGAUGAUCCAGAUGUUAUUGCUGCAAACAUCCUGGACGUAAAGGUGUCCAGUCCAGACUACCCAGAGAGGGACAGGGAAAGUGUCAUGGAAGAUUUUCUCAAGAGAAUAGAGUGUUAUAAAGUAACUUAUCAACCUUUGGAUCCAGAUGAACACGACAAGAAUUUGUCAUUCAUUCAAGUUAUCAACGUUGGCCGCCGUUUUCUGGUCAACAGGGUUCAGGAUUAUAUUCAGAGUAAAAUUGUCUACUACCUCAUGAACAUCCACGUUCACUCUCACUCCAUCUACCUCUGUCGGCAUGGAGAGAGCCAUCACAAUCAGCAAGGACGCAUCGGCGGAGACUCUGAGCUCUCAGACCGAGGGAAAGAGUUUUCAGCCGCAUUGAGAGGUUUCGUAGAAGAACAUCGUCUGUCAGACCUGAAAGUGUGGACCAGUCAGCUGAGGCGCACCAUUCAAACUGCCGAGGAACUAAGUGUUCCCUACGAGCAGUGGAAGAUCCUCAACGAGAUUGAUGCUGGAGUGUGUGAAGAGAUGACCUACAAAAUGAUUGAAGAAACAUACCCGGAUGAGUACGCCAUGAGGUACCAGGACAAGUACCACUACCGCUAUCCUGGAGGAGAAUCCUACCAGGACCUGGUCCAGCGACUGGAGCCUGUUAUCAUGGAGCUGGAGCGACAGGGCAAUGUGCUGGUCAUUUGUCAUCAGGCUGUCAUGCGCUGCCUGCUUGCCUACUUUCUAGACAAGAGUGCAGACGAUCUUCCAUACUUGAAGUGUCCCCUCCACACUGUGCUCAAACUCACCCCUGUGGCUUAUGGUUGUAAAGUGGAUAUGUUUGACCUGAAGGUGGAGGCUGUCAACACUCACAGGGACAGACCAUUAAUUAAAGUGCGAGGAGACGCUACGCCAGCUUUCUACCGCAGGAACAGCUUCACGCCGCUGUCCAGCCAUGACCAGAUCAAGCGGCCACGCCUUUACAGCAUGGGCAACCCUCCACAGCCUCGUAUGUCCCACGCUCCCGCUUUAUCCAGCAUGCAAUUUUUGGAGGCAUCUGAGGGCGUGGAGCAGCAAGAAAGUGAGGACUCGUUGAAUGGUAUUAAUGCUACAGACAAGGACAACUGUACAGGCAUUUAAAGAAAAUUUGCUUCCAUCUAGUUUUGAAGUACCAGUAGAAAGGAAAAAACAAGUUGCCACUAUAUAUCAGACUUAUAACACCAAAAGUUUUUUAAGUUUGCAAGUAAAUAGAUAUGUUUAAAAUAGUAUCAAUCUCACUGAGAUUUGAGAGCCAUUUUGAGAGAUAAUGAGUAUGCCAGUCACGUGAUCUGUGACGUAGAGGUAGAAACCACAUAUCCCUGCCCCACCAACAACAAUGCAAAUAAUGCAGACUUUGUGAGAGCCUACAACGAUUACUUUGUGAAAAAUGAUGAUCAGAACCGUAUCAUUUUUAGCCUGAAUAUAUGGAGGAUAAGCUACAAGUUUUAGAAGUUGUGUGCUAAACCUAUCAAGCUUUAGUGAAACACUAAACAUCUUGUAGCCGUAUUGCUAAGUGCUUCACAAGAAAUACAGAUUACGAACAUAAUAAAAUUAUUACUUACGGUACAUUGUCUGCUGUCACUGCAAUGAUGACUGAUAGGAUCUUCAUAUCGUCCCGUUUAGAUGAAGAAUUAUAAUUAAUCUUGAUCCACACGAACGGUUCCUGUCUGCAGACGCUAUCUGCAGGCAGACGCUAUCUUCAGUUGGCAUGUCGUUGUCUCCGUCUCCGAGUAUGAAGUGAAUGUCACAGUUGAACAAUUUCCAGAUUUAUAGCUAAAUCCUCCUAUUAUCCAGAUGAGAGGCAUGAUUUAUAAUCUAGAACAACUUUGACGAGCCCAGAGGCGAUGCAGCAGCAGCAACAACAGUAGCAGGACACCUGCCAGCUCAAUGCUGCAGCUUAAGCUAAUAGUUAGCUCUCUGUUAUCAAUGCCCCGAUAAAAAAAAGGUUGUCUUUGUUAGCGCUUAUAAUAACAAUAUCGCUAAUAUUUGGUAAAUAUUCAGGUUACGUUAUAUAAUUAGAGUAUUGUUGGCGGGUAUUAUUAUGAGGGCUUUGUGAGUGGAAUAGAGAGCCCCCGUUGACUCAAUUGUUAGAGGAGUUUUUAUUUAUUUAUUUAUGAAACAUGUGUUCAUGUUUUACAUAGGGAUUGUGAAUGAUAUACCUCAUGUCUCUUUCUAACUUUGGCAUAUUUCCAAUGUGGAUAUGGUCAGAGUGCGGAAGUGUUCCCAUCGUGACGUCAUCCCACCCCGAAUCGACGGAAAUGGCAGAAAACAUUCGGAGCGGAAUAUUCAAAAUGCCUGUCUGAAAUUGUGAUAUUUUGUGAUGUUUAGACUGUACUUUCACAUACUUGUCGGAUUGAAAAUACAAUUGGAUAUGGUUCAAUUGAUAAAACGAUAAGACAAAGUCAGCUUGUUUUCCCAUUUUACUGGUACUUUAAGGGACACCAAUGCCCCAGCUUUUCUUCAUGUAUGCACUUCUUCCUGCAAGGAUUCUGCAUUUUAAAACCUCCUUAGCACUCUAUUAGUUGAUCUUAAUAAUGUUGCAUGUGGUGAGUCCAUAUCACUGUACAAAUCUGUCACAAAAAAGGCUCAAUCCAUUAAUUGUUUUUAACUUAUACUGUUAAUUGUAUUGCUGCAGUAACACACUGAUCGUGUCAAAGUGUAGUUGUACACAUGAGUUGAAAUCAGAAUCAGCUUUAUUGGCCAAGUUAAGUAUAUUUAACACAAUUAAUUUUACUCUGUAGGCUGCUCUCUUUGUUCACUGUUAACAAAAACUAUUAAUAAAAAAAAUUAACUAAAACUAUAAACAAGUAUUUAAAUAACAUGUGCAAGACUAAUACAUAAUAUUGCACAGUGGUGAAUAGAGCAAAGAGCAAAACGAUGAUAACUCCAACAUGAGUUAGUACAGUCACAGUGACAGAAUAAUUCCAGAGUUAUUUCACAGUGUUCAUCAGAUUGAUAGCCUGGGGAACAAAACUGUUCUUACGACGGAUUGUUUUGGCGUACUGUGAUGUGUAACCCCUGCCAGAGGGAAGGAGUUUGAAUAGUUUGUGACCAGGGUGUGUGGGGUCUGCAGUGAUGCUACCUGCCCAUUUCCUGACCCCGGACUGGUAUAAGUCAUGAAAGGAUGAAGGUUGACAACAAUGAUUUUUUUUUGCAGUCCUAAUUGUCCAUUGUCCAGUUUGGUUGCAAAUCCAAACCACAUAGUGAUGGAAGUGCACAGGACAGACUGAAUGAUAAGGGUGUAGAACUUGAUCAGCAGCUCCUAUGGCAGGUUGAACUCCUUGAGCUGAUGCAGGAAGUACAUCCUCUGCUGUGCCUUCUUUCUGAUUGUGUUUAUUUGGGAUGUCCACUUCAGGUUUCGCUGUGCUGUUCAGAGUAGUUCAGAGUUCUCCUUAAGUCCACUGUCAUCUCCACAAUCUUGGGGAAGUUCAGCUCCAGAUGGUUCUGACUGCACCAGAGAGCCAGCUGUUCCACUUCCAGUUUGUAGGCAGACUUGUCGCCGUCCUGUAUAAGACCGAUGACAGUGGUGGUGUCUACAAAUUCAGGCCCGGCCCUAACCAAUCUGGCGCCCUAGGCAAGAUUUUAGGUGGCGCCCCCCCACAUCGGCAGUGAAGUGUAUAUACUCACAAAAAACCGAAUAGCUUUGUCUUUGACCUUCUUUUUUUUUACUUAAAGAAAGCAAAUUAACAAUCAGAAUAGUUAACAAGAUUAAAAAAAAUAUGAAUAAAUAAAUGAAUACAAAAAAUAAAAAAAUAAUAUCUAACAAUCAAUUUAUUGUCAUCAUUACAGUGAAAUGCUGAAUGGCAGAAUGCAAAGUAACAGUAUAAAAUAUUAUAUGAAAAUGUUAUGUUAUGAUUAUCUUUAACCGAAUCACAGCAGUGCUCAAAUUAAAAAACAGCAUUCCCUCUCAUGUAAUAUUGCUUAAUUAACAUUAAUGAUGUGCACUUUAACAACUAGACUUACAACUAUACCUAAUAUAUAAAGGGGUGGGAAAGUGACUAUUACCUGCAUGGCAAACAUUAGCUAACCAGAAGGCAAUAACAAUGUAAACAAAAAACACCUGCUUAAAAGAUCUAAUACAAAUGUCUCUGAGGAAUGUAAGGUGGGAGUACUGUAAUUACCUAACGUUACAUUAUUAUUUUCCAUAACAAUUUAGCCCCCUCCACAAUGUUAACCCGACGUUAAAACAGAACUAGCUAUUUAUUGAUUAGCAAUUGCCGAAUCAUGUAAUAUUAGCUUAAUGCUAAAAAGCCAGUUUACUAUCACAUUCUGUAACAGACAAAUAAUUUCAUGUAGACUAACGUUACCUACCUGCUACCUCUGUCUUUUUCUCGUUUCUCCUCUUCUUUUCUCUUUUUUCUUCCCUGGGCACCUGACAGUUUUGGCCGUUUUGACAUCUUGUGUUGUUUUUUUGAUGAGGUGACGUCCAAAAAGAGUCAUGAUACGGGAAGGGAGGUGGGGGCGUAAUGUUGUAACAAAUAAUAUUUCUAUUAAAUAGGCUUUACUUUGCAUUUUAAUUAACGUGGGAUUAUUUUUUGUAUUUAGAAAUAAUAGUAACAACUAUUUUUUCUUUUUUUUUUUUCUCCAACAUUUGUGGCACUGGCAUGGUGCCCCCUGAUGGACGGCGCCCUUAGCAUUUGCCUAUACGGCCUAUGCCACGGGCCGGCCCUGUGCAAAUUUCAAGAGUUUCACCGAAGGAUCCCCUGUGGACACUGUUGAGGGAGAAGAGCAAUAGGGAGAGAACAUACUCAUGGGGCGCGCCAGUGCUGAUUGUCCGGGUGCUGGAUGUGAUGCUCCUCAGCCUUACCUGCUGCCUACUGUCAGUCAGGAAGUUAUCCACUGACAUGUGGAGGCUGGCAAUGUGAGCUGGGUGAGUUUACAGUGCAGUAUAUUCUGGAUGAUGGUGUUAAAUGCAGAGCUGAAGUCCAUGAACAGGAUCCUAGCGUGGGUCCCUGGGGAGUCAAGGUGAUGCAGUAUGUAGUUCAGUCCCAUUUGACUGCAUCCUCCACCCACCUGUUUGCCACAUAGGCAAACUGCAGGAGGUCCAGUAGGGGGCCAGUGAUAUCCUUCAGAUUAUGUGUCUCUUUCCUUGGUUUGUCUCUGUCAUCUUACACCACAUUCUCUCUAGUGGUGGGCAGGCUCAAGAGGAAAGCUGUAGAUUUGCACAUUGAUUUACAGUAGCUGUUCACGUGUGUUUUGGCUUGAUCCUGACUUGUAGUCUUCAUUAAUGAAAAAACAAAUGUAGAAUGUCUCGAUAAUACUUUAGGGGAAACAUGUAAAAGAGGGUCUUGUGUUCGUAAACCCUCAGAGAGCUUUAAGCCUUACAAUGUAACACAAUUCUGCAUCUAAUAGUCAUAUUUUCCAUGUGAGAAGAAAUAGGUUUUGCCUUCAACUGUGACAGAUUGAUUUUUUUUUCACUUUCACAAAGUCUGAUUGAAACUGUCCUAAAGCAAGAAUUGUAUUGUUUUUUAAUGAAAUCUUAGUUUAGAGGGGUCAUAUGAUGAUUUUUUUUCUACGUUUAAAACACUUCCUUGUGGUCGACAUAUCAUGUAAUGGUGUUUUUUUGGUCAGAAUUUUGCAUCAGCAGUCUUAUGUACAUGCCUCCAUUUCAACAACGACUUGCCAUGUUGUAGUUUUUAGCGCUUCCAUAGCAAGGCUAAUGACAGAUAUAAGUUUGAACUGUACGCUACUUUUUAUUAGAAAUGGCAACGGCAACUAUAACGCGCAAAGCACUGGGUAAAUUUGUACCAUUAGAUUUUGUUGGGAUCUUUUUGUGUGCCUUUUUAGUGAUAUUUAAUCACUCCCAAAGAAUCACACAUAUUUGCAUGUUUUUGUAUUUAUCUCAGAGCACCAGUGUCAAAUAUAAAUGAAUGUAUUAUUUCAUUCAAUUUAAACAAUAUCACAUUAAAUUGUACAUUUCCCCUA